AUGAUAAUAUAAUAGAUUAAACAUUACAACGGAUUAUAAGAAUUUUUAAGCUCUUCACUUUUAUCUCACUAGAUUCUCCAUAUUGAUUUCAAUGGCAAUCAAAUUUGUGACCAAGAUGUAUCAGGCUUAGGUUGUGCUUUAGCAAAUUGCAUUAAUCUCUCAAAUUUGACACUUAACCUUUGUUUCAAUUAAAUUGGUGACGAAGGUGCAUUAGGCUUAGGUUAUGCUUUAGUAAGCAUUAAUCUCUCAAAUUUGACACUUGAUCUAAGAUACAAUUAAAUUGGUGACAAAGGUGCAUCAGGCUUAGGUUUUGCCUUAGCAAAUUACAUUAAUCUCUCAAAUUUGACACUUAACCUUAGUUACAAUUAAAUUGGUGACGAAGGCGCAUCAGGGUUAGGUUCUGGUUUAGCAAAGUGCAUUAAUCUCUCAAAUUUGACACUUAACCUUAGUUACAAUAAAAUUUGUGACGAAGGCGCAUUAGGGUUAGGUUCUGGUUUAGCAAAGUGCAUUAAUCUCUUAAAUUUGACACUUGAACUUAGGCAUAAAUGGUUUGUUUGCUUUGGAUUUUGCAAUUUAAUUAGUGACAAAGGUGCAUCAGGCUUAGGUUUUGCCUUAGUAAAUUGCAUUAAUCUCUCAAAUUUGACACUUAACCUUAAUGGCAAUUAAAUUGGUGACAAAGGUGCAUCAGGCUUAGGUUAUGCUUUAGCAAAUUGCAUUAAUCUCUCAAAUUUGGCACUUAAUCUUCGUGGCAAUAAAAUUGAUGCAAUUGGAGCAUCAGACUUAGGCUCUGGUUUAGCAAAUUGCAUUAAUCUCUCAUAUUUGACAGUUAAACUUCGUUUCAAUUAAAUUGGUAACAAAGGUGUAUCAGGCUUAGGUUUUGUUUUAACAAAGUGCAUUAAUCUCUCAAAUUUGACACUUAACCUUCGUUACAAUAAAAUUGGUGACGAAGGUGCAUCAAGCUUAGGUUUUGCUUUAUCAAAGUGCAUCAAUCUCUCAAAUUUGACACUUAACCUUCGUGACAAUUAAAUUUGUGACAAAUAUGCAUCAGGCUUAGGUUAUGAUUUAGCAAAUUGCAUUAAUCUCUCAAAUUUGACACUUAAGCUUUGGUAAAAACAGUUUAUUUAUUUUGGAUUGCUAUAUUUUUAAUGA